UUGCCUUCAAAAAGAAACCGGAAACGGAAAUAAUAUAUGCAAACGGAAGUGACCUACAUCAUAUGAUAGAUCAUCAGACAGCAAAGAAGUCAAAAUGGCAGGAGGAAUGGAAAGAACCCGGGUCCUCCCGAAGAUCAAGGACUCUGAGCGGGAGAUGGUGUUUGGAUAUGUGUACGCUGUAUCUGGUCCUGUCGUGACGGCUCAGAACAUGUCAGGGUCUGCUAUGUACGAGCUGGUGCGUGUAGGUCACGACGAGCUGGUAGGGGAGAUCAUUAGGCUGGAGGGCGACAUGGCAACCAUCCAGGUCUACGAAGACACUUCUGGUGUGACUGUAGGUGACCCAGUGCUGAGAACCGGCAAGCCUCUCUCUGUGGAGCUGGGACCCGGUAUCAUGGGCUCCAUUUUUGAUGGUAUCCAGCGUCCCCUGGAGGACAUUGCCCAUCUCAUGCAGAGCAUCUACAUUCCCAAGGGUAUCAACACGCCGGCCCUCGACAGGUCCAAGAAGUGGGACUUCGAGCCUUUUGGAAAUAUACGGGUUGGCAGUCACGUGACUGGAGGAGACAUCUACGGUUUGGUUUAUGAGAACAUUCUGGUGAAGCACAGGCUCCUAGUUCCUCCUAAAGCCCGUGGAACAGUUACAUUCAUUGCGGAGCCAGGAUCAUAUGACAUCAAUGAUGUAAUCCUGGAGACAGAAUUUGAUGGUCAGAAGUCAAAGUACACGAUGUUGCAAGUGUGGCCCGUACGUCAGAUGAGACCUGUGGCAGAGAAACUGGCGGGAAAUAACCCGCUUCUUACCGGGCAGAGAGUAUUGGACGCUUUGUUCCCCUGUGUGCAGGGAGGAACUACGGCUAUUCCCGGGGCUUUCGGCUGCGGAAAGACUGUGAUCUCUCAGUCGCUGUCUAAAUAUAGUAACAGUGAUGUCAUCAUCUACGUCGGCUGCGGUGAGCGUGGUAACGAGAUGUCAGAAGUACUGAGAGACUUUCCUGAGUUGACCAUGGAGGUGGAUGGGAAACCUGAGAGCAUCAUGAAGAGAACAGCGCUGGUGGCCAACACGUCCAACAUGCCUGUAGCUGCCAGAGAGGCCUCUAUCUACACAGGUAUCACACUGUCUGAGUAUUUCCGUGAUAUGGGUUAUCACGUCUCCAUGAUGGCUGACUCCACGUCACGUUGGGCUGAGGCUCUGAGAGAAAUCUCCGGUCGUCUCGCUGAAAUGCCCGCUGACUCUGGCUACCCUGCCUACCUGGGCGCCCGUCUGGCCUCGUUCUACGAGAGGGCUGGGCGUGUGAAGUGUCUUGGCAACCCGGCAAGAGAGGGCAGUGUCAGCAUCGUAGGAGCCGUGUCCCCGCCUGGUGGUGACUUUUCAGAUCCUGUCACUGCAGCCACCCUGGGUAUCGUGCAGGUGUUCUGGGGCUUGGACAAGAAGUUGGCCCAGCGAAAACACUUCCCCUCCAUCAACUGGCUUAUCAGUUACAGCAACUACAUGCGUGCCCUUGACGAGUUCUACGAUAAAAACUUCCCAGAUUUUGUGCCACUUAGGACCAAGACGAGAGAAAUUCUACAGGAGGAAGAGGAUCUGUCAGAAAUCGUACAGCUGGUCGGAAAGGGUUCCCUCGCUGAGUCGGACAAAAUCAUUCUUGAAGUUGCCAAGUUGUUGAAAGACGAUUUCUUACAGCAGAAUGGUUACACGCCAUAUGACAGAUUCUGUCCAUUCUACAAGACAGUGGGCAUGCUGAGGAACAUGAUUUCAUUCUAUGACAUGGCACGCCAUGCUGUAGAGACGACUGCCCAGAGCGAGAACAAGGUAACGUGGGCCAUCAUACGUGAACAGAUGGGCGACACACUGUACAAACUGAGCAGUAUGAAAUUCAAGGACCCAGUGAAAGACGGAGAGGCCAAAAUUAAACAAGACUUCGACGACUUGUAUGAAGAAAUGCAGACAGGCUUCCGAAAUCUAGAAGACUAGACUUCUAGAAAACUAUAGUGUUCAAAUUAGGAGCCCAAAUCAUGGAACAAGCUUUUGACCAAGCAAACCUAUCAUUGUUGCAAGUUUUGAAUGCAACAGAUUCGUAUAUGAAGCACCUUUUGGAUUAUAGCGCCGCAAACCAGGUUCACUUCUUGAAAGAGUCAUACAAACAUGUAGUAUUUUAUUAAUGUUAAAUGGAUUUGUAAAAGGUUUCUCAUGUAGGAUUCUUUUCUAUUAUCAUAUGCUAGUUUCUCAUUAAGUAGUUGGUUGUUACCGACUUUUCAAGUGUUGCAUUUACCCACUGUGUGAUUGUGACACAAACAGUUGUGUAAUGCGUGUAUAUACAUUCCAAGUAAAAGACUUGAAAUGUUUGUUGAUAUAUAUAUAUUUUUGUGAAGCACAGGUAUAUGAAAAACAUUUUAUUGCUGAUACUUAUGACAAAUGAAUACUUUAUUAUAAAAUUAGUCAAAUCACAAAUUAUUAGUAUUACUGAUGCAUUUUGAUUUCCUUGUUAACAAGUGGUUAUUGCCCAAUAGUUUCUUAUUCCAACAUUUUCAGAGCAAAAUGUUUUUGGCAAAUCAAACUAAUACCGUUUAUGAGUGCAUUCAUGCCUAGUCAUAGAAAUAGUAUGCACUAAUUGUGUGAAACAUGAAUGAACGUUGAUCUAGAUGUAUUUUUGUCUUAUGCCAUUUGUUAAUGUCAAGAAAGCAUUGUUGAAAUGUAAUUGUGCAAACGCGUAUAUUUAAGAUGUUUGUGACAGUGUAGCUGUAUUAAAUGAAUUUCGUAUUCUCUUUUGAUGAAUUCAGUUGUGUGUUAUUAUUAUAAUAAUUAUAUUAUAACUAUAAUGAUACAUAAUUAUGAUUGUCACGUGUUUAAUGUACAGGGUAAUAAUGAAGAACACUGCUUCCAUUCAAUUACAAACUUAUUAUUAUAUAAAACAAAUGUUUACUCCAGUUUUUAGAUAAACUUUGAAUUAUAUUAACAUUUUUCAGUUUGAAGUAAUAGUAAUGUAUAUUCCAGAAAGGUAUACACAUGUAUUAUUAUUGUUGAAUAACAAACAUAGUUCACAAAUGAACAUAAGGUUUGUGUAAAUGUCUAAUAAACUGUUCAGUAAAUAAACCAUGACUGUUAACGUUCAUUCAAUUUGCAUUCAAAUGAUUUGUCUUUGCACUGAAGUGUCUACCUCUGUUCGUUGAGACAAACAUUUUCAAAAAUGUUCCUGAAUCAUUUUAUUUAGCACGAUGAUAAUUGUUGUGUUUUUAUUCAUUCAACAUGAUCUUCAUAGAAAUCAAUUUGUGUGAAGACAGUUUUCAGACUAUAAAUUGAGCUAUGAUUCAUGAGUAAACUGAAAAUAAAGAAGUACAGAAUUGAUAUAAUCGUAUUUUAAAACGUCAAACCUACACUAAUUUCAGUUGCACUUAGGAAAAUAAUUUUCUCUCAAACAAUGUAUUGUUCUUGCAAAAAUAAUGUUGAGAGUUUCCAAUGAAUGAUCAAACUUAAAACUUUGUGUAAGUUAAACUUAAACUGUAUUUUUUUUUCAUUCUAUACAUCUGUAAAUUUAAAUCAUGAUAAUAAUCUGUAUAAUGAUUGUGUGCAAUUUCCUGCAAAGGAAUUCAUUCCAGUACAGAAUGUGCUUGAUAAGAUAUAAAUAUAUUGUACAAUGUGAGAGUUUCUUUGAGUGUGGAAGGCUCUAUUAAAAUAUUUGUUGUUUUCUCCCACUCUUUUGUCUAUUUACUAUGAUUUAUCAAUUUAAUAUUUUACAUACUGGCUACAGCAUUUUGUACUAAAAUGCAUAUGCAUAUGAAAUACAUUAAAAUAACAUGCUGCAAAACUCAUAUGAUAUGUUCCAAAAAAUUAACUGGUUUUCAACUUGUUAGUAUGCCAUUCUGAUACUUCUAGUCUAUCUUACUUCAAAGCCAAAUGAUUUCCAUUUCUGCGUUCUGUUCAACUGUCUUAUUUUCUAUUUGUAUGUAGUUGAAAAAAUGCCCAGUUAUGCAUGAAAUAAUUGUUGCGUGUGUAUUUAGAAAUAGAUAAAUUUAGUAUUUUAUUUGAGCUAUUUAGAUAACAAACACGUGUUGUUUUGUUUUAUGUAUACAUUGUAUGUUAAACAUGAUUUUGUAUCUGUACAGAAUAAUAUAUACAAGACAAUAAAAUGUGAUGACAUUUCA